CUUCUGCACUCGUCUGGGAGCUCACUGCCCCUGUGCUGACUGCUGACAACUGACUGACCCUCGCAGCUAGCAGGUACUUCUGAGUUUUUAGCCCAGGGCUCUGGGCCGGUGGUGACCUCGUUUUCCCACUCGUCUUUGACAUUGGGUGCCCUUCAACCCUCUGUUGCCAUGAAGAUUGCAGUAAUCGGCCAGAGCCUGUUUGGCCAGGAGGUUUACUGCCAGCUGAGGAAGGAGGGCCAUGAGGUGGUGGGUGUGUUCACCAUCCCAGACAAGGAUGGGAAAGCAGAUCCCCUGGGCCUGGAGGCUGAGAAGGAUGGCGUGCCUGUGUUCAAGUUCUCUCGGUGGCGGGCUCGAGGACAGGCUCUGCCAGAGGUGGUGGCCAAAUAUCAGGCUCUGGGUGCAGAGCUCAAUGUGCUGCCCUUCUGCAGCCAGUUCAUACCCAUGGAGGUCAUCAAUGCCCCCCGGCACGGCUCCAUCAUCUACCAUCCGUCUCUGCUACCCAGGCACCGAGGGGCUUCAGCCAUCAACUGGACCCUCAUUCAUGGAGAUAAGAAAGGAGGCUUCACCAUCUUCUGGGCUGAUGACGGUCUGGACACUGGUGACCUUCUGCUGCAGAAGGAGUGUGAGGUGCUUCCGGAUGACACCGUGAGCACGCUGUACAACCGUUUCCUCUUCCCAGAGGGCAUCAAAGGGAUGGUUCAGGCUGUGCGACUGAUUGCAGAGGGCACAGCUCCCCGCCGACCCCAGCCUGAGGAAGGAGCCACCUAUGAGGGCAUUCAGAAGAAGGAGACAGCCAGGAUCAACUGGGACCAGCCAGCAGAGGCCAUUCACAACUGGAUCCGUGGGAAUGACAAGGUGCCAGGUGCCUGGACAGAGGCUUGUGGGCAGAAGCUGACAUUUUUCAACUCAACACUCAACACGUCAGGACUGGUGGCCCAGGGGGAAGCUUUGCCCAUCCCAGGAGCCCAUCGCCCAGGCAUGGUCACCAAAGCGGGACUCAUCCUCUUUGGGAAUGACGAUAGAAUGCUGCUGGUGAAGAACAUCCAGCUGGAAGAUGGCAAGAUGAUGCCAGCCUCCCAGUUCUUCAAGGGGUCCGCUAGCAGUGCCCUGGAGCUGACAGAGGCAGAGAUGGCCAUGGCAGAGGCCGUGCGG